GGAAUAAACAUGACGGUGAUGUUAGACUAUCGGAUUACAAUACUGCUUGUGACUUUUGCUCUCUUGGAAAGGAAACCAACACUUUAAGAUGGGUGUUCUCAAGCUGGUCCUGGUGACUGCAUUAACUGCUGUGAUAUGUGGCCAAACGACCGAUGCCGUCAGAAAAACUUGCCCUGGUGGAGCGACGUACGAGAUUACAAAAGCCGGUUGCUAUAACGCCAAUCCCGCCGUCAAAAAGGGUCUCACGACCAAGCUCUUCACACGUAAACAGAACAGCUACGCGAAACCAGCGUUUGAAAAAUUUGUCGAGGAUGCUGUCUGCGAGUGUGCAGCGGCGACAGUCAAGCGCAAGAAACCGGUAUUUGGGCUGAGGAAUACGGGCCAAGAGUGUCUCACGGGCACCGUGUACGACGCACAAAAAGAAGCACCCAUCUCUAAGUGCAGACAAAAAGACGGGUAUAAAUGCGCCAAGUCUGACACAUGCGCGGUGGGCUUAAGCGACACUGCAUUCGUCUACACAGUCAAAAAGGCCACGCCAACUAAAAAACCAACUCCAGCGAAAAAGAAGCCAGCUCCAAAAAAGCCAGCAGCAAAGAAGCCGGCCAAAGCAAAGAAGCCUGGUGCUGUUUCCUCUGCAUCAAAGCUAAGAUGUAACGCUUUCGUCGUCAAACUUAAGCUGAAGAGAACUCCCCCUGGCAAGCCUGGAACUCACGAAUACAACGCUAUGAAGUGCAGUAUCUGUUCUACGAUCAAGACGCUUUAUCAUUGUUACCCAUGUUUCCAUAGCUCGCAUUUUAUCAAGACUGAAAAAUCCAAGGACGGCAAAAGCACACUCGCUACUCUAGUGCUCCGAUUUGGCUGCGCUGGAAAUCAUCUGAAGAAACUUGAGAAAAAACUCGAAACAGGAUCCAUCGUAUCGGCCGUCUGUCAGAAAACAAACAUCUGCCGUCAUCCGGGAAUGUCCGCGAUAGUCCCCGGAUGUAGCCCCCUGACCAUGUGCAGUACCACGCCCUACUGCCCAGCCCCCUUCCUCCCCUCGUGCCAGGCCCCUGCCUACCCCCCAGCCCUCCCCUCCCAGGUCAAUGCCUGUCCUUAUGGUUGCGCGUCGAGUUGUGCGCCAACUUGCUCCAUCGGCUGCUGCAAGAAGUCAAACGUGAGGCAGAACGACGACGUAGUGUAUGACUACAAGCUAGACUAAACAAUUUAGUAAGUGAUUAUGAACUAAGCAAUCUAGUGUGUUAUUACAAGCUAGUCUAUAUGGCUAAAAACUGGACUUAACAAAACAUGUUUGAUUAUAAACUGGAAUUAGAUUUAGAACGUGACUAUAAAAUAGACUAAACAUAUCAUAUAUGAUUAUAUACAAGACUUUGCAUAUAAAUUUAGUAUAUGAUUAUAAACUAGACUACACAUAUCAUAAAUAAAUAUAUACUAGACUUUACAUAUAAAUUUAGUAUAUGAUUUUAAACUAGAACUUGCGAUCAAGUGAAACUGUAUGAUCCAUACUUUUAAAACUUCUAAAAAUUCGGCCCCUUGCCCCUUCCUGGAAAUUCCAAAACCCCUGCCGUGGGACAGUUCGACGGAUUAUAAAACUGUCAAACUUGGUCCUCCCCUUGAUCAGAGUUUUAUUGAGAACAUGGAAUCAAGUACUUAACGAGCCCCCCAUCCCCCCCUUCCCAGACAGCCAUACUUAUGUUAUUGCUUGCACGCUAUUUGAAGCGCAAGAACAAACACAGGAAAAACCAUAAGUAUUCGCUUGUCCAAAAAGUAAGAAAAAUAGUACAUUUUAUCUAGGACAGCGGGUAUUGGGUGGACAAGAUUUAAUGGAAAAAAAAAAAUAAUCUUGCUACAAUAGCUAGUCACCUAAUCUCGCUUUGUUGAAUAUAUAUAGAUAAUAUAAAUGAAUAGAUAUAUUUUGGUAUCCUUUAGUAGAUUGUAAAUUUGAUUAAAUGAUAAAGGAGUAUAUGAUUGUAUAUAUCGACAUUAAUAUUAUUUUCUUCUGUCAUAAAAAUGCAAUAAAAUUUGAUUGAUACA